UCGUGACCCAGCUGCUACCACCUCUAUAUUUUUAUUAAAAAAAAGUUGUACACAUAAAACGAAAAACACGGCUGAGCAGAGGGGAUACGGUCAUUUUUAAAUUGACAGUGUAAUAGCGUCGCACAUAUUUUGGCUAGCGGAUAGCAGCGGAGCGGCAGUUGCAGUUGCAGUGGCCAGUGGCAGCAGAGUAGUUUCAGCAACCACAAUAACAACAAUAAUAACAAUCAACUACGCACCGAAACCGACCCCUAAACCGACCGAUCCGACCGAUUAAGGCUCGCCCCCCGCCACCCGCAACCCGCCACCUGCCCGCACUUUCGGCACAGACACACACGCACACCCGCUCGUACACACACAUCACACACACACAGUCGCACGCGGCACACAGACACACACCAGUUCGCAGAGUUAUCAUCCGACCGCAUUUAUCAUCCGCCUCGCAUCAUUGUUUGCUAUUGUUGUCUGCUCCGCUCCGAAGGAGCAAACAAAGAGGGCCAACAAGGAGAAGGACGAGUGGGAGGUGUCGGAGGAGUGGGAGUCGUCGUAGCACUAUCGGCAGGAGCCACUCCAACCCACCAAACGAAAAUCGCAGAACUCCAGGGGCAUUUGGGAGCCAGGACUGCGCACUGAAGCAGUACCCGUAGCUCCUCUAUGGGUCAGAAGGCGAGCACGCCAGCCACCAGCGGCCAGCAGAGCCCACGCUCCAGGACCUUUUCCAGCAGCUCAACAGGAGCGGCGGAGCCGACUGCUCCCCAUGUGACCACAAGUCGUAGUGGCGGCGGCUCUACUAACACCUCCACUGGCGGCGAUGCCGGUCAGGGCUUCAAUUUGCUGCGCACGCUGCCCGGCCUCCAGGUGUACCACAAUCAGAACUCCACCUCUGUUGACCGACAGAGGGCCCGUAGCCUGAGCUCCGUGCCGGACAUUCAACAGCAGCAGCAGGCUGCCCAGCAACAAGGUUCGCUCACCUCCUCUGGUAGCAGUCCCCACGCCCACACCCACGGCGGUCACCCGACGCACCAGCACCUGCAGCCGCAUCCACAUGGGCAUACAGCGGUAGCGGUAACCGUGUCGGCGAGUGCCAACAGCAACUAUGGGUUCCCGGCAGCCGGAAAUAACAACGGAUCCGCCACCCAGUCCUACAUGCAACAGCGACGCACCCUUGGCGACUCAAUAAGGGACAUAACCGGGAGUAACAUCGCCGAGAGCAUCGCCUUGGCCGCCUCCGCCACAUCCGGCAAUGAGAUCGGACGUGUCUACACGGCCACUUCGCUUCCAUCGCACAUUUGGUCCUUCAAUGGUAUCAAGUGCCCCGUGUGCAAUAAGUUUGUGUUGCCGGACGACAUUGAAUGCCAUUUAGUCAUGUGCCUAACGAAACCGCGACUCUCAUAUAACGAGGACGUUUUGUCGGACGCCAAGGGCGAGUGCGUCAUCUGCCUUGAAGACCUGAGUCCCGGCGACACCAUUGCCCGGCUGCCAUGUCUCUGCAUCUACCACAAGGGAUGCAUCGACCGUUGGUUUGAGGUGAACCGCUCCUGUCCCGAGCAUCCAGGAGAUUAGUAAUCCCUUCCAGGUGAGUUCCAGUUUUUCCUGGCCCGUUGUUUGUGUAGAUAGAGAGAGAGAAGGAUGGGUGCGUCCUGAACCCCAGGCCCAGAGAUCAAACCUGCAGCAUCAAUUCCACUGGACAACAACGCAUAUUGGCUUAAGGAGGACAAAGGAUGAAAACUGGAUGGAAGGACACAGGCUGAAACGGUGACGGAGAGGCUAGGCUAAAAAGGAUGAAACAGAGAGAGAGUGGAGUGGAACGUGUGAUCGGGACUUCGAUCAUUUGACCUACCGACCGACUGCUAAUGGAACCCAAAAACACACACACACAUAAAUCAAUUGAAGAAAUUAAUUUACAAUGCUAAACUGAAUGCGAAAUCAACCAACCCACAAAAACUAAAAGAAGAGCAACCACAACAACCGGAAAUAUGAUGACGGAAGGAGUGUAAAAGCGAAGCAACCAACCAACCAACAAAAGAAUGUCAACCAAUGUGAUGUUAAAUUUUAUAUUUUGUACGAUAAUGAUGUAAUUGUAAUUGUAAUGUAUAUGUAUGUAUUUAUUAUUUUAAACAGGACUAAAAUAGGAUAAAAAACAAACAAAAAAAAAUGAAAGAUAACGAACACAACGCGUAAGAUCACACAAAAAUAACAAUAACAAAAAAAUACUAUAAUAAUUAUGAUAUAAUUAUGAAACAAACGAAAAGCAAAGCAACCAAAAAAAAACAAAACAUAAAACAUAAAACAGAAACACCCGCAACAUCUCUUACAUCUAUAAGAAAUGUCAAAAAGUAACGAAGGAAACCACACUUUUCCCCUACAUUCGGUGUUACUUUUAAGAUGAUUUGUUUAACAAUCGCACCCAAUUAUAUGUAUGUAUGAUGUGGCUAGUUUAACUUUAAGUUAUUCAAACAUUUUGUAUCCCUGUUUGUUAUCAACGUUUUGUUUGUGUUUUUUUUGUUAAACAUAAGAUUUGUUAAGCAAAGAUUAUGCAAUUGACAGAAAUCGAAUGAGAAAUAUUUGAAAUAUUCGCCACAAUUUGUAAUUCGUCAAUGUGAAGUUCUGGUCAAACGAGAAAGUUUAGGGCAAAUCGGGUGUAUUGUAACGUUUAUAUUUUUUUUUUUCCCAACCCCCGCCCCCUCCUUACUUUUAUGAUUAAUGUAAAGAGUUUCAAACUGGUUCAAGAACCGCGGCAACGGUGGCAGGACUCUGGCUCUUGUCCAGGACACGACCAUGGCCUGACCAUUGUGCGCCCGGGCAUUUACCUACAUAUUACAUUACCUACAUAUAUAUACUUUUAUUCUUGCUCAUCGAUGAUACACAGAUCGGGGAUUGCGUCGAUGAUCCGCCAAAGUUUCCUUAGCAACCGCAGUAACCGUCGGCGGCGGCAGCGCAGCACGUAAGAACUAUUUUGUAAAUUAUAUACUUUAAUUGUAAAUUGUAACUGUAUAACUAAUAGCGUUGCAUUGAGCGAUUGAAGAUACAACUGAUUUCACUCUUUAAACUAAACGACAAAAUAAAAGCGAUAAACGUAACAUUUCAAUAUCA